UUUCUGAAGGAAGCGGUUGGAGCUCAGCGACCGAAGUGAGCGGCUUUGUCAGAUGAUUCAGCAAGAAACCGCCUCCCUGCACCCCCAGGCACUGACCCAGACACCCCGAUGGCCGGCCCGGGGCGUGGCUUCCAGGCGAGCUCCCCUCGUCGCCCCCCCCAUCAGUCCUGCCCUGCCUGCCUUGGGGAGCUUUGGGGAGCCAUGAGGGGGGCCUCAGCGCUGCUUGCCUUCUACGGCUUGGUGAUGAGCUCCGCCAGGGGGUCUGCCCCAGAUUCUUGCUCCCAAGUCCUUAACUCUGAGGUGAAGCCAGGCUUUCCCAAAGUCAUAAAGACCAACAACCCCGAGGUCCUCAGGGCAGCCCGGCUCAGUGUGGAAAAGUUCAACAACUGCACCAAUGAUGCCUUCUUGUUCAAGGAGUCCAGGGUGAGCCGGGCCCUGGUGCAGAUAGUGAAGGGCCUCAAAUACAUGCUGGAUGUACAGAUUGGCAGAACCACCUGCAAGAAAACCAGACACCCCAAUCUGGACAACUGCCAUUUUCAGACCAACAACACCCUGGAGUGGACGCUCAGUUGCUACUCUGAAGUCUGGGUCAUCCCCUGGCUGCACUGGUGUGAGGUGCCUGUUCUACAGUGUCACUGACUCACUUCUCUAGGCAAGGCCACUGCUACAGCCCCCAGCUCUCUGCGCCCCCAAGGCCUUCUCAGCCCCUCACAAGAGAGCUGGGUGGGUCCCUGUGGGGUCAGCAGGACAGCUCAUCUGGCCAGUGCACUGCUGUGCCAUGUGUGCAGCCCAGGCUCAAGCCCAACCCUCACUACACUGAAUGAAGCUUUCAUGCUGUG